AUGGGGGACUCUGAAGCUAAUAUUAUUGCACUAAAGAACUAUAUGAAUGCCCAGUACUUUCGAGAAAUUGGCAUUGGCACUCCAUCACAAAAAUUCAGUGUCAUAUUUGAUACUGGAAGUUCUGAUCUUUGGGUGCCCUCUGCUAAGUGGAAAUCUGCUGAAAUUCAUUAUGGAACCAGAUCUAUUUUAGGUUUCUUUAGCCAGUACCAUGUCAAAAUUCGUGAUCUUGUUGUAAAGAACCAGGAUUUUAUUGAAGCAACUAAAGAGCCUAGUAUCACAUUCUUGGUUGCUAAGUUUGAUGGCAUACUCGGACUUGGUUUUCAAGAAAUUUCAGUUGGUAAAGUCGUGCCUCUCUGGUACAACAUGGUUAAUCAAGGUCUUGUCAAGCACUGCCUUUACCUUAUAUAA